GGUUUCACAGGAGUCAGGCGUGUGAGCAGGCAUGCCACGGCAGGUGCAGGUCACGCUCCCGCAUGAACGGGCGGCGGAGAUUGCGAUGCUGCUGGGUAGCGAGACGCAUGUCCACGGGCUGGCGGCGUUUACGGGCGAGACCAACUCGCUGCUGCUGUUCCGAACGGCGGACAAGCACACGGAUGAGGUGGUCUCGCGGCUGGAGGCCCGUGGCAUCGGCGUCGACGUCGGUGUCAUCGACAUCAUUGCGCUGCAGGGACCAAGCCGCGGCUGGUCUCGGGAAGCAAGAAGCGCAAGUACAGGGUCCAGGAUCGGCUCUCACUGGACGAGAUCUACGACAUUGUCGACUCGAUGAAUCAUCUGACGUUCAACUACCUUGGCUUUGUGGUUGUCGCUGCCCUCAUUGCCGACGUCGGCCUCGCCACAGACUCGCCGGCGGUGGUGGUGGCAUCGAUGCUGGUCUCGCCGCUGAUGGGCCCUAUCAUGGCGGUGACUUUUGGCACGGCCAUGCGCGACGCGGCCAUGGUCCGCAAAGGCCUGCGCAAUGAGAUCAUCGGCUUUGCGCUGUGCUACCUGUUUGGCAUGCUCUGGGGCUUUGGCGCGUGGCCGUUCCCGGAUCUGUGGGGUACCAACGAGCAGAUCUCGCGCGGCACGGCCUCGGGUGUGUACGCCGGUAUUGCGCUUGCCAUCCCGUCAGGCGCUGGCGUGGCACUAGCCACAACCGGCGGCGGCAUCUCGGCCCUGGUCGGCGUUGCCAUUUCAGCCGCGCUCCUCCCUCCCAUCUGCCUCUCGGGUAUGUACGUCGCCUACGGCCUUGUCCUCUGGUUCCGCUCCAAGCCCUACACUGACGCCAUGUACAUCUCCAUGUACUCGCUUAUUCUCUUUGCCGUCAACUUUGUGCUCAUCUACGCCAUGGCUCUGCUGUUCUUCCGGCUCAAGAAAAUCCGGCCCACAAGCGGAACCGCCGGCGUCUCGACCGCCAUCUCCAACGCUGCUGACUGGCUCGAGGCCUGGGAUGUCGACAUCAUUCGCCAAGACGCUGAAGACCGCGACAACCACGGCGGCGACUUUGACACGGACUCGACCAUCUCGGCCAUGGGUCCGUCCAUCCAAGCCGCCGCACCCGCCAGCCAGGCCGCUGGAGUCGGCCAAUCGACUGCGCUGCUCUCUGGCGAGCGCGCGGAUCAGGGCGAUAUUUCUUACGUUGCAGCCGAGGCCUUGGCCUUGUAAUAAAGGCAUGGCUCGAGCAAA